AUGGGUCCUCACUGUAGUCAGUCCCCCUCGUCCGACCAUCUCGUGUUCAAAAAAGAAGGUCCAUUGGAGCUCCAUGCCCAUGGCCCAUGUCAAAAGGCCACCGUGGGGCCCAACCUAUUCCUCUCGUGGUUACAGAUACUGCAGCAGUUGUUGAAUCGCCCAUCUCCAGUGGUCAAGCUCAUGGAAGCGGGGCAGCCGGUAUCAACCCCGCCAUCCGAGUCCAUGACCGGCGAGUUGUGUCACCGGCGAGCCAUCUGUCGUGGUUUCACGCUGCCUGAUCCUGGAGCUAUGACGGGCGGGAUCGAGCUAUCCCGAGCUUGUUGCUUCGAUAAGCAGAAUGAGACGCUUACGAGGAAUCUCAACGUCACCCGUGUCGAGGAACUGGAAGCGAAGCUGCGGGUGCUGUGUCAUGAAGCUAUCUUGCGUUGCACUCGGCAUCUUGGGACCUCGGGUCGCAUCCUAGACCGAGUCGUAACAAACAUUUACGAGGUAGCGCCAAUCUUAAACAUGACUCCCCGCAGUAUCUACGACGGUGGAACGAAAUGUUCCAAUGAUGAUUCUUUCCGUGCUUAUGGCUGUAGCAUUUUCAAGUCUCUCGUAGAGCACCCCAGGUCAUCUCGCAAAACUCUGACCCGGUCUUCCCAUCUCAUAAGAGAGAGCUUGACUCAGCUACUACAAGUCAGCGUACUGAGGCAAUUGGUUCAACCGAACUGUAAAGCAAAUGAUUCUCAGAGCGCCUCACUUGCUAUUGAAGGGUGGCUUUACAACAUGGUCGAAAGAAUCCUUUCGAUUGAAGUAUACCUCAAAGUGCCCUCAAGUGAGUUCAACUCAGCUACGGGCAUUCACGACUACAAGAAACCCGCAUCAGUUGGCUUCAUUCAACUACGAUCAGCUUUCAACACAACCACUUCAUUUCCGCUUUACAUCAAGUUCCAUCUCUUUUCGAUGUUGGAUUCAUCUUGCUGUUUCUCUGUCCGAGCAAAUAUUCGCGAUUUGGAUCCAUGCCGACUUCCUGGCAAGUUUUGGCUGUCCGAGCAGCUUCAGACAGCGAGGCUCUACAUCGGUCAAUUCUCGCGGUUUCGGCCUACGGCAAUUCUGAGAAUCACUUUUCCAGAAAAGGCAGUAUGGGCCUCGCGCUCCUUCUGCUUGUUGCCUAGUCGCUCAGCUGUUCCUUCCUUCUCCUUCCAUACUGUCACGUUUUCUCUGGAGGGGUUUCCACUCAUGUCAACACUUCUUUUUUUUUCUUCUGAAAAAUUCAGAUUAUUGCUUUACAUUACUCUACAAUCCUGCCUGUUCCCUUCUUUUUCCACUCUCCCUGCGCUUCGUCUAGAAGUGUCUCUUUUGAUUGACUUGUUGGACCAGUCCAGACUCUGUCAAUCAAUUCUCUUCAGGAUUCAGCAAAUCAGCAAUUCUUUCUCGAGCGAUUACAACAAGAUGUCUGAUCCUUGGGGCACCACUGACGAUGCUUGGGGCACUGGCAAUACCUCCGCUGGCAAUGGCAUCCCCAACGAUGACCCCUGGAGCAACCCCAAGGGCGGUGAUGGCGGUGAUGGCGGUGACGGCGGCGAUGGAGGCGACCGUGCCUGCUUCAACUGCGGCCAGACUGGUCACAGCAAGGCUGAUUGCACCGAGCCUCGCAAGGCUUUCGAUGGCACUUGCAACGCCUGCGGUGAGCAGGGCCACACUCGCCGCGAUUGUCCCUCCGCUCCUGCCAUGACCUGUCGCACCUGCGGCGAGGAGGGUCACAUGCGCAAGGAGUGCCCCAACAAGGGUCCUGAUCUUUGCCGCAACUGUUGUGAGGAGGGUAUGUUGUUCACUAUCUUGCAAUAUCGAGACUUGGGACUAAUAGUUACUUUAUCAGGCCACGCGACCGUUGAUUGCAAGAGCCGUCGCAAGAUCGACUUCACGAAUGUUGCGGAUGUCGAUGCUGACAAGGCCUGGGAGGAGAUCCACGAGGCUAUCCAGGAGCGCGACGGCGUUGAAGCCAAGGAGUCCAUCCAGAAGUACCUCAAGCACUACCCUGAGAUGGGAUAUGUCGAGCUGGAGAAUGCUUUCCGCGCCCAGGAGAUGAACAUCUACCUCAUCGCCACCGAGCGUGUCUUGGCUCCCACCCACACCAAUAUGGAUCUCCAGGGUAACUUGGACAAGAAGUACACUGUCCAGUACCGCUUUUCUGCGCAGCCUGACCGCCAGCGCGAGAAGGCUAACUGGCCUGCCUCCCCCGAGGAGAACCUGGCCCGCCUUGAAGAUGCUGGAGAGCCCGUUUCCCGUCUUAUGCAGAAGUGCAACAACUGUAACGAGCUUGGCCACAACUCCAAGGAGUGCCCUCAAGAACCCAUGGAGAAGGCCCGCGUGACCAUCGCCUGCUACAACUGCGGCGAAGAGGGUCAUCGUGUUCGCGAUUGUCCUACUCCUCGCAUUGACAAGUUCGCUUGCAAGAACUGCGGCCAGUCUGGUCACAAGGUCUCCGAUUGCACUGAGCCUCGCAAGGCUGGCGAUGACGUGGAGUGCAACAAGUGCCACGAGAUGGGCCACUUCUCUCGAGACUGCCCUCAGGGUGGUGGCGGUGGUCGUGCAUGCCACAACUGCGGCCAGGAGGGCCACGUCUCCCGGGAGUGUCCUGAGCCUCGCAAGAUCAAGUGCCGCAACUGCGAUGAGGAGGGUCAUCUCUCCAAGGAUUGCGAGAAGCCCGUUGACAUCACCCGCAUCAAGUGCAACAACUGCGGCGAGAUGGGCCACAAGAGUUUCAAGUGCCCCAACCCUCCCAAGGAGGACAUUGAUGACUUCGGCGCCUCCAACAACGCCCCCGCCCAGACCGAUACUGGUGACGCUUGGGGGACCGGCGGUGGCUCUACCGAGGACACUGGCGCUAGCGGGAUUGGUAUGGUGAUUCUCUAUUUGGCGUUGAGGUCACGGCAUUUCGUCGCUGUCACGGCAGACGACAAGGUUUUCGAUGGAAGGAACGCACAACCACAUCAAUCUCGUGUGACUGUAAAUGUCUCUAUGGGCAAGGCUAAUCAGAUCCGAUUGAGCAGGUUUCUCAUGCCUGGCACCAGUGUCUCCCAGUAUCGAAGGUUGUUAUUCAUGUUGCAUUAUAGAUUCACAUCAAAUAUUGACGUCCGCAUGAAGAUGCAAUCACCGCAACUUGACAAGAUAGUCAUCGGCAUUACUCGACAUGAAAAUGUACCCAUGUCCAACAACUCUGUCCCUCUUCUCGCUCCGAGUUUCUCUUUCUCUCUCCUCUUCUCUGUGCUGCGCUGCUCUGCUCUUGGUGUCUUUUCCGUCGUGUCUUCUUUCACCCGCGUGCGUGUUUAG